CUAUUCUGUGACUGAGGCACUGAAUCAGGGGGGAUAAUAAAAAAGGACAAUUUUUUCCUUUCUUUCUUUUUACGUCCAUAUCUUCGAAUACAGAUUCGUGAGCUAGGUAAUGCCUGGCUACACUUUUUAUUCUCAUGAAGUACGAUGUCUAUACCCCGACGUAGUUCAAGGUAUGUUUUAGCAUGGGGUAUGCAUGGGUACGGCCGUACGGGUACCAAUCAUUUAUACCAAUACAUACAAAUGUUAAAUAGAUACCUAAUAGUAUUAUUUCUAUGAUGGGUACCUUUUGUUUGCAAUUCUGGUAACUUAACUAAUUAAUUUAUAGUCCACAUUGUAGUAUGUCUAGACAGUAAGUCAACACCUUAACAGUACGUCCACACCUCGGCAUUCGGUGAGCAGGCCGGGGGCAGGGUGUUAGCCAGGCGGUCGUCCGACCGUCCUAUGGACGGCCACUUCUGAAUUUGGCGGCUAAAUUUAAUGGAUGGCCAUGGACGGCCUAAGGGAAUAUUUUCUUUAAAUAGCAACCUACAAGCUUUGUAAUAUUUCUUGAAUACUUUGCGCCAUAUUUUUGUAAAACACGCCAUGUUUUUAUAACCAUUUUGAUGAUUCUCGCAUGAAGUAUCAAGGAGAAUAAUGUGAAACCGCUGUUUUAAAAAACAGCAAUCGCUUUAUUGCUCGAGUGCCACAUUACAGUUAUGGUAGUGAUCAUACCAUAUGUCAGUGCUUUUAUUAAUUUAAUGACGGAAAUGUGCAUCUAAAACUAAAAGUAGAAUGGUUCAACCUCUUGGUCUAUUAACUGUGGUUCAACGAAUAAAACACCACAAUUCCUCAACAAUAGGAAAUUGCGGCCACACCCAAAAACAUGUGACCAUGCCCACAAAAAUAUGUUGCCGCACUCACAAAAUUAUUUUGGACGGCCACUUUUGAAAUCCUGGCUAACACCUUGGCCGAGGGAGACCGAGAGGGAAACAGCGGCUCGGAAAACUAUAUGUAGAGUAGUUCAGUGGAGAUGGAAAAGGAACUAACUUUUAAUUCGGUCUUGAGGAAUCAAAAUACUUGGUGAUAAAAGAUAACUGAAACUGCUCAGAUUAGGGAUACUCGAUUAGCUGUCAUUUUCUAGCCCUUAAGGGAUUACCUAACCUACUAGCUUUAUGGAAUCCAGAAAGUCAUGUUAGAGGAAAUUGUGCUAAGUGAUUGAAUUGCACUAAGUUACAAUAUGCAGAUCAGUGGGUAAGCUAAGUGAACCUCCUCAACUUAUCUAUAUUGUAUUUUAGAGAUAGACCUCUACAGCAGUGAUGUUUUCGCAGGGGAACGGUGUCCCCCUACCUUUUUGCGGGGAACAGUGUCCCCCCUGCCAAAAUCAAACAUGGGGGAAUGCCAUUCCCCUUGGCUGAGAUUAAAGAUCAGUGAAGUUCGGUGAAUGUCCCUGAAACUUGAUAUACUUGCAGUCUAAAAUUCAAGCAGACUGGCACAAAAAUACUAAAGUCGGAUAAUUGACGUCCGCUUAGAUAAGUAGUUAUUGUCAUAAGCACGGAUAACGUCAGAAAGCAGCCCAGCAGGAUAUAAUCAGCAUAGUCUUUUGUGCAAUCACGAAAUUAAACAUUAAAAUGAUCAAUGGGAACACGUCUAUUAGACUAAACCCCCGCUUGUUUAACCAUUUGAUUUGGGGGGGGGGGGGCAAGGGGGGAGGAUUUGAACAACUUUACUUGCCUGACGGGGAGGAUGUGAUGUCACAAGAUCACCCCGGGGUGUGGACAUUUGAUCUUUCACAGCAGCCCUUGGCCGGACAAUUUUGAAUAUUUUUUAUUCACACGUAAAUGCAUGGGAACGAGUCCAUGUCACUGGCCUAUACAACUUUGUACCCAGGUCUUCUGCACUUAGAUUGUUACAACAGGCAAUUUAAUAGUCGAUCAGCUUUGUUGAAGUACAAUACUUUGGGUUGAUCAGUUUGACUGUUCAGCAGUAUAACAGCCCCCAGAUGGGGAAAUAUUACGGUACCAUUUUUUGACCCAAUAUUGAUUUCCUCAGGUAGGGAAUAUUACCAUUUUUUGAUCAAUGGUGGUGACCCUGGGGUGUGGAUUUUGACAAAUGUUUUCAAGAAAAUGUCAAAUCCCCCCUUGCCCCCCCCCCCCAGGCAUAACAUUGGUAGGUGCAUUAUACAAUCUACAAAGUCAUGUUCCAGUCAGUAAACAAUCACACUCUUGUACAUGAUUGAAUGUACACUACGAUGCACGCUACCAGGCAUGCAACUAUGUGUAGUUAUACUGUAAUAGCAAACAAAUGGUUCAUAAAAUUUGGCACUCAUGUCCUCAACAUAUGCUGUGCACAUACAUACUCAGUGCAACUUCUAUAAUCUAGCUAUAAAUAGAAGUGGGUACAGGGCUGCGGAAUAUUAUUAACCAAGGAGAAAGAAGUGUCAAAGGAAGUGCACCAAUUAUUAAAUGUUUAUCCAAUUGUAUUACAUCUUUUGACUGUGACCACCAUUAACAAAAGAAUCACCCAGGGUUCGUAGCGGUCUUUGAAAUCCUUGAAAGUCUUUGAAUUUGAAUGCAUGUCUUUAACGUCUUUGAAAAGUCUUUGAAUUGUGUGAAAAAGCGAAGAAAGUCUUUGAAAGUCUUUAAAAUUAAUUAUUUAGUGAGUAUUUGAUUAUACGAUUUUCUAUAGCUAAUAAAAUAGAUUGAUUGAGCAAGGUUUUCGCAAAUAUCGACGAAAAGGUACAUUUUAAGUAAGAUGUGAUGUGGCAGGACUAAUCACUGGGCAAAAAUGGUGCUUAUGCUCACAAGUUUUCGACAGCUGAUUACUCUCAAAGGUCUUUGAAAAGUCUUUGAAAAUAGGCAGAAAAAAUCUUUGAAAGUCUUUGAAUAUUUUUGGUCUUGGAGACUACGAACCCUGUCACCAUUAGCUGCAUGAUCAAUGAAUUUGUUCUGUAUUGCCUUAUAAGAAAGUUUUAGUGAGCAAUGAGUUAAAUGAGUUUUGUUGUACUUGUUCAUAUUUUAGCGUUCAUAAAGAGAGGGUAGAAAGAAAGUGUAUAUUAGUUAUAAAAUAUCAAUGUUCAAAAUUAAUGGGAAAAUUGUUUCAACUUUUAGAUCUCCUUUCUUAAACAAACUUUCUGAUUUUGCAAAUGUUUUUAAAGCAUUCAUGGGAUGUGGCUACCUAGUAAUGCCUUUUGCCUUCAAACAGAGUGGAUUAAUUGUAAGUAUAUUCCCUGUCUACUGAAGUAACUAAACCAAUAUAGAUGUGGAGAGGGGAAAUUGCAAGGGCAAACUGCAAAGGAGAGGAUGGUGUUAGCCAGAUUAGAAAAAUUCUGCAAUUUAAUGAAAUUGGAAAAUUAUGUUAGCCCGCGACAUUCAGACUCGGCCGAGUUAAGAAAUAUCGCCUCUUAGACUUAGGAGACAUUUCUUCUCUUAAAUGAUAUUCUCGUGGCCUAGCACAAGGUGCUGAUUGGCUCGAGCUAAGCUGAAACCUUUGAAGGCAAACAUAUUUUAGGAUAUUUUGCAUAUGGCAUCAUUAGACAUUACAACACUGCCGAAUUUUUUACUGAACACCCUUGAGAGCUAACAUCCUGGAGAGCCGACAGCCCUUUGUUACUUUGGUUACGGUGUAUAUGGACGUUCUUUAGUCUCGUGCCGGGAAAUAAUAUUUCUGGAAAUUAAAUUUUUCCCAACAAAAUAAGAAUUAAUAAUGAAGCACCAAGCAGGUGUUUAAAUGCGAAAGUUUGAUGUUUUGGGGUCCAUUGAAGUCCAUUCGUUCUGUCCUUCCUGUCUCAUGUCAAAAGUGAAAGGAUCUUGAUUGGAAGUAGGAUUAUCCUAUUUUUUUACAUGAUUAUAUUUCCUUUGACUUAGUCAAGUGGUGACAAGAAUAGGAUGAAUGUGUGAUUAUCUUCAUUUAUAGUCGUGCAUGCACAUAAUUGAUGACUGUGUACAAACCAGCCAGGCCCUUGUUGAAGCAGAAAAGACGAACGGAGAAUGAGGGCCUGCAAGAAAACCCGGCAUUCCUGACUAAACACCGUUCAUUUUUGAAUAUAGAAUGUGAUUGGUCAAUGCCAUGUGUUAAUUGACAUAUUUACACCCAAGCGACACUUACAUUUACUAUUAUUAUAUUACAUUACAUUUCGUCGUCUUGAAUGACGUGUUACUUUUCUUUCGGGCCCCUCAUUCUCCGUUCGUCUUUUCCAUAGAUAUAGGAGAUAUAGAUUGCUAACGCAUACCUAGCGCAGGCGGGGCCUACAUGAUAAAUCCAAGAUGGCGGUACAAGAGGGCAAAAAGACUAUAGAUUCUAUUACGAAAAUCAAGAUUUUUGCAUUUUUUGCCGUCGCAUUGUUUUGAAACUUAUUCGGUCAAAUUUUAUGGUAAAGAGAAACGUACCGCGAAGAUUUUGAGCAUAUAUAUGAUUGAAUUGGAUGAAAACUCGCAAAAUUAUCCAGCGAUAAAAGUUCGUGUGAAAGUGGUCAGUUGGAGCGUUUUAUUGCCAGAAAUACUGUGCUAUGUUAACAUCUAGUCUUGUGAAUGGUGUUUUAUACUUGCAUCUUUCAUCAUCAUCUGCUCUGUCCUCAUAAUUAUGAAAAAUGAACUGUUAUGUACCGCCCCCCCCCCCCCCUCCUUGCUUGUUAGAGAAGUAAACUGAUGAGUGCACUGGAUAAGGGUCUAUCAUCUAUGGUCUGUUAUAAUUUGCUUUCUAUGCAAAUAGUGAGCAAAAAUUAAAGCAAAACUGUACAAGUUACAUAUAUAGUACAUAUCAGUACUAUACACGAACUUUUAUCGCAGGAUAAUUUUGCGAGUUUUCAUCCAAUUCAAUCAUAAAUAUGCUCCAAAUCUUCGCGGUAAGUUUCUCUUUACCAUAAAAUUUGACCGAAUAAGUUUCAAAACAAUGCGACGGCAAAAAAUGCAAAAGCUUGAUUUUCGUAAUAGAAUCUAUAGUCUUUUUGCCCUCUUGUACCGCCAUCUUGGAUUUAUCAUGUAGGCCCCGCCUGCGCUAGGUAUGCGUUAGCAAUCUAGAUCUCCUAUAUCUAUGGUCUUUUCCGCUUCAACGAGGGCCUGCCAUAUGCAGGUUAUUUUUUAUCAAUGACGUCAUUCGUGCGUGGCUCGCCAUAAGAUCUGCAUGGUUAAGUAUACCAUACUGACUACCGAUGCAAAGCAGAAUAAAUUACACUGUAUCACUUUUCUUAUUUCAGCUUGGUAUUAUAGGACUGGUAGUUAUUGCGUACAUCACAGAUCACUGUUGUGUCCUGAUCGUGAAAUGUAAGCAAGCUGCCAUUGAUCAAAUCAUAAACUCAACCUGUCCAUAUGAUGACGAAAGUCAAGAAUCUAGGAUACUCAAAAAGCGAAAACUAAAACAAAGACGAAAUCUUGAACUGGCAAUGACCUAUGGUGACCUGGGCCAGAUAGCGUUAGGCCAGUGGGGUUGUCGUAUUAUAAAUACAGCUCUUAUUAUAACUCAAUUCAGUUUUUGUGUUGAUAUUUUUAUUUUCAUGGGAAAUACAAUUUCCAGGAUGUUUCCAGUUUCAAAUGUUAAUCAAACUCACACUGCAGAGAAUUCAAGUGUAUUGCUGACAUCAUCAAGGAUGAACCACGAAGGCGCACCAAAUGCUAUAUUUCUCAUCUUAAUUCCAUUCCCAAUAGUUUUAUUACAAACUUAUGUCCGCAAUAUCAGAAGUCUUGGACCACUAAGUGCGAUUGCAAAUGCCUGUAUAAUUCUCGGAUUCUUUUCAAUUUUUGGAUUUAUUUUCAAAGGUAAGUAUAUUAUUAUCCAUAUCGCUACAUAUAUUUAAAUAAUCCAUGAAAAAAAUUCAAUCGAAGAAUGUUUAAUCAAUAUCUGUAAAUCGGAUACAGAUUUCGUCAUGAUUUACAUAAACGUUAGCAUCGAUUUUCUCGGCCAAAACAAAUCAUUAAAACGGAUAAAAUGAACAAACGUUCAAGUCUUCGAAAAUGGUUUUCGUAUAGGAAACCGAAACGUCAGACAAAACUUAUUUAAUUUUAUAAUAAUCUAGAAGAACAAUAAAACAAACAAAAAACAAAUCAUAUUGCCAAAAUAGAUGGUAAUAGGCCCUUUCAAGGUUAAGAACGCCAUCUUGAAUCUAUUGUUUUCACCAUUGUGUUUGCACCCCCUGCAAAUUUACCUAUAGGGAAUUCCAUUGUGUUUGCACGCUUUGGCGUCGUUAACCUUGAAAGGGCCUAUUAUUUAUUAAUUUGACUAUUUAUAUGCAUUUGUAUUUUGAGUAAUAUAACGCAUUCGAUCUGUAUCUGAUUUUCUACCGCUUGCCUUGUAAAUCAGAAGAGAUCGGCUGCUCGUGUUUUACUUUAGUGAUAUUACAUACAGUAACAUUUCAUUAACAAACGUGAUUCCAGAAAAGUGGCUUGGCCAAAAACUAUUCAAACGAUACUCAACUACACUUGUUUUACCAAGUGCUUUUGAACAAUAAAUUCAAUUUUGAGUGCCGCUUUUUUAUCAUUUAAAAAGAUGAUUUUCUUUUGAUUUACCUAUGAAAAUAGUUUACGAAUGAGCAAAGCCAAAGAGUGAACAAUUUAGGACAGCGUGCCCAUGAAUUUAAAAGCAAUAAUUUUUGUCCACAAAUGUUUCCGUCUUUAUCAAAGUGAACGUGCUGCCUUCUAUACAGUGAAUUAUUGUUUCGAUAAAACACCUCAAAAAUAAUAUAGCGUUUCAGUUUGUGAUCUUUUACUGUUGGACUUGUUCGGUUCCAAUGUUGGUAUUGCAAUGAAGCAUGCACUCAGACGUUUCGAUCAAAGGCCCUUCGUCUGGUAGUUACUGCCGCAUAUUUAUGCUACUUUUAUGAUACUCCCCAGAAGGCUUAUUUAUGUCGGCAUGUUUUGAGCAAUUGAAGGUCAAACAAAGAUGGUGAAAAGUAAGAUUCAGGUCAACUUGGUACAUUGUGUUUCUAAGAUCCAAGCCAUACACGUACGUGGUACACGAUGUAAGGUGGGCAUAAUGAGAAGGUGGACCAGUGGUCUUAUUACAGAUGGGGUCUUGUUACAGUACGGAGGCGCCUUUAGAUGGGCAUAUAUUUUUAAAAGUGUGCGGGGGCUUAGUACUAAGCCUUAGUAGAGGAUUUACGGUAGUUGCGUCGUCCAACGAAAUUUUGUUAGCGCCCAGUGGUUCCAUAUUUUCUGUCAAACACAAGAUGAUAGAAGAUGGUAAAAGUAGUAUUCAGGUCAACGGUAAAACUUUUACCAUCUUACAUCUCUUUGUUAUACACAGGUUUGUGAGAGAAGUACACAGUUCAAAAACGUCACAUGCAUAAACUGAAAAUUGUGCAAAAUUUGUGACAAACCAGAGGACUCCAAACUACCGAUAACGUAAAGUCGUCACAAAUUAUGCGGAAUUUUCAGUUUAGUGGACAUUUUAGAACUGUCCACUGUUUUUAUAUACACUCUGUAUUGAUAUAGAGAUAAUUAAUUAUACAGAAGUUUGGUUCUGGCGCAAUGGGCUGCUAAUCGAAUAUUUAUUUUCUUUAAAGAUAUAGAUUUUGGCAAUAUCCAUAAAAUUCGCUUCUGGAAUUUUUCUACUUUUCCAAUAUUCUUUGGGCAACUGGUUGGAGCUUAUGAAGGAAUUGGAACAGUUGAGUGCCUGUUUUGUUGUAGUAAAUGAAACCUUCCCCCAUCUGGGUGGGGGAUUUAAUAUGGUCCAAUCCUUUGCAUACAAGUAGUUCCAAAAGUAAGUAGCAAUAAUUUGAAGGCUGCUGUGGAACUGUGUGCCAUAGUGCUGUGCAAACCCCGGUUGUUCAGCUCCGGCAGAACUCCGGCGCAUGGCACUACUGUGUGGUAAAAUGUUUAAGCAUUACAGCUUCUAACACUCAUGGUAUAUAUAUGGUUCAGGAUAGUGUUGUGAACUGCAUGGCGAUUAGUGACCGAUGCAUUAGGCGAUUUAUUUGCAUGUUGAACAUGAGUGAGUAGAUGUAAGUCAUUUUAAGCUUAAUGACCAUUAUUGGACAGUUAAUUAUUAACUCAAUCGUGUUCUUUAACAAUAGGGAAAAAUGCUCAUAGAAGUCAAAUCAUUUGUUAUGAAGCUAUUUAAAACCACCGAUAAAACGCCACCAGUGUUUAGUAAUAAAAUGUAUAAUCGAGGCGAGAUUUUUAGCAUUUAUAGAUUGUUUAGGCUACUUGUACUCUUGUCUUAUUUAGAUCCUUCCAAUCGAAGCAAGCAUGAACGAAAAUCGUGGUAACUACAGAAAAUAUCUUCAUGGAGUAAUAUUUCUAAUGUCAGUCAUAUUUGGUAGUUCUGGUAUCUUUGGUUAUAUUCACUUUACCGACAAUGUUGAUCAGUUAGUCAGUGAUAACCUACCAUAUGGACCAUUAUCUGUAGCACUUCAGGUUACUCUAUGUAUUGCUGUUCUCUUUACCUACCCUCUACAAAUGUACCCAAUUGUAGAAAUUGCGGAAAACUUUUUAUUUAAAGAGACAAAAAAAAGAAGUACUCUCAUCACAAGUUUUAACCAAGAGGAUGAAGAUCUUCAGCAUGAUAAGGCGAAUGUACAAUAUAGGGGUUUAGUACCAGGGGAUGAAAGUUCCGAAGAGGAAUCACUGGAGGAACCAGAUUGUGGUGACGGAGAAAGUUCUGCGCAUGUCAGUAGUAGCAACGAGGGUUCUGCAUUGCAGAAGAGUGAUAGUGCAGUCGUCCAGAGGCCUGGACACUUGUGUAAAUGUGACAUGGUAAUUAAUAUUCAUUACUUAUUAAACAAGCUUAUACUGUAGAGGAGAAGGGGGAAAUACACAAGGGCACCCGGUGAAGCUUAAUCGUGUGAAUAUCUACAGUAGCCUAUAAGACUAUGAAGACCUAUGUGACCCAUUCUGUGAACUAACUUAGUGACUAUUAUAUAUGAAUGGUAUAGUGAACUAACUUAGUGACUAUUAUAUAUAAAUGUGUAAAGCUUGAUCCCAUUUUCCCAUUUCUUCUCUACUUCAUGGCAGUGGUGGAUCCAGCAAAGUUUUUUUUUGGGGGUGCUAACCAAUGGCGAAACGAGCUCUGAAGGCGCGAGAUUUCUAGGGUGGUCCGGGGGCAUACUCCCCUGGAAAAUUUUAAAAAUUUGGGUCUCUGAAAUGGCAUUUCCAGCAUUCUGAGAAAACAUACUGAAAAUUUUUAGAUUCUCAAAACAUUUAAAAAUUCAGAAUAUUUAAUAUUGGCUAUUCUGCUAUUGUCAACUGGUGAUACGCAACUGAAUUCCUUAACAUAAGUUGGUUAGAAUUAGGAUAAACGUCAUUUUUGCACCCCCCCCCCCCCAUGCACCCCUGUUGACCAGAGCCUCGGGGGGGGGGGUAUCACUGGCGCGUAUCACUGGAUUAUAGUCGUGGCAAUGGAAGUAUUCCCAGAAUAUUCUACCACCAAUUCAUUUGCCAAGUUAUUUGAAAUUUGAUAACUUAAUUCCUGUAUAAUUGAUAAACUUCCUGUUGAAUGUACCAAUCACCUUUGGUUUGAGUUCAAUUGAUCAGUCAUAAAGGAAAUGACCAGAAAUAAUCAAAUACACUAAGUUGCAGAUAAAUGAUCAAAUGUCUCAAAUGAAUUGGUUCCUGUGAACAAAUGGAUAUUUUAGGAGCACUUCCAUUGCCAAGACUGUAGUCGGGAGUAGCCGUGGCUGGCUUUAUAUACCUUUGUUUAAUACACUACAAAACUACUUGAUAAUUUAAAUAAUGACAUAUAGGAAGUUAGUUAUUUGAACUAAUAAUUUGGAUGAAUCGUAUCACUUUUUCACGACCAACAAGUACUUGUCAGGCUAACAAUUAUAUCAGUAUACUUCUUACUUUGAUUUCUUGAAACAAUACAUACAUUUAUCCAGUGUGGUGAGUGAGCUUCUCUAUGUUUGUAGGGCUGCUUGUAUAAAAAAGUAGUUCAAGUUAACCACAGUUAGUGCAAAAAUUAACCAAUCAAAAAUUAACCAUUCACAUAAUUCGUGGUUCGCAUAUGCACCUUGUAAUAAUAAACUAACAACUAAAUUGAAAUAUUGUUUUUCCAUUUCAGGGUUGGUCCACAUGGAAGAGAAACAUCCUACGUUCUAUUCUGGUUUCUUUUUCGUUUGGUGUAGCGUACGUAGGUCGUAACUAUUACGCUUAUAUCACUGCUUUAUCUGGUUCAAUAGGCAGUUCUUUAUUGGCUUUUAUUUUACCUUGUGUAUUUCACUUGAUGAUUAAACGUAAUACGUUACCUAGUUAUAUUGUAGUCAAGGAUAUUUUCCUCAUUUUAUUUGGUAUAAUUGCUGGAAUUGUAGGUUUUGUCACGACUCUUACAAAAAUGAUAAAGUAGUUAAUGUAUAUAUAGAUAAUAUUUUAGUUGGUUUGCACUUAAGUCUACAUAUUCUGUAUAUUUUAAUAAUAAGAUACGUAAUAAUUGUAGUUAUGGUAGAAAUUAAUGUAAUUUUGUUGGUAAAAAUGUAAUAUAAAUGUUUUGUAAUUAUGGUAGAAAUUAAUGUAAUUUUGUUGGUAGAAAUGUAACAUAAAUGUUUUAAAAUAAUAGUUAACAUAAUUAAUAUUUCAGACAAAUACACAUGCGCAAUUCAUAUCAUAUAACAUUACCACAACGUCACGUAUAGUUAAUAGUGUUGUGAAUAUCUUCUUAAAUAUGAUAAGGUGUAAUUACAGUGAGUGCCGACCCACUGUCAAUUUUGCUCCAAACCACUCUUCUUAGGAGAAGUUGUCUCUCUCUACAUCCACGUAUUGAACCGUAUUGAACACAUAGAGGUCGUAUUCUUUAAUAUAGCUGCAUAGUAAUGCACCGUACAAUUCCGAAGCAAGUCAUACGUUAAGUAGUGGGAUAUUGUAGUUGAGUGAAUGAUCAACAACGACAAUUUGUAUCAGAUAGUCUAAAGUUUUAAUGCUGCCUCAGUUCGCUAUAAGAGGACGAUCUUCUUCAACAAAAAUAUAAGUCUUCAGGGAUGAGAAAAAAAGUUGCAACACCCUGUGCUAAAAUGAAAACUAAACGCGUAAGAAGUGAAAGAACACAACACGCAAGGAGAAUGGUGAAAAUAAAUGGAACAAGAGCAAGCAAAACCACUUAAAUCCAUUCGAGUAUCUUUAUGUGCGUUAAGUUUGGACCAACAGGAGUCACUCCUGGUGACCAUAACACCGCUUUGCACAGGUUUAUAUUUGAAAUGACAACCAAUGCAAGAAGCGAAAUGGUUUCUAUAUAAUUUGCUUUGUUUUCUUUUCUUUAAACGGAAAAACAAGAACAUGAUGAAAACAAAUGAUGAUCAACAAAAACAUUCCAAGCAGUGAUCGACAACAAGAGCGUGGAUAGAAAGUAGAAUGAGACGUCUUCCAACAAGCACACUUUCCCAAUACAAAGUACCCUUAAUUUAAUCUCAUCUGUGGGUGAUCGAUAUUUGUAAUCACCACAACUUUCUGGGGUGGAGAAAAGCGAGCUUUAUUCUGAUCAGCUGAAUAGGUUUCUGACUUUCAAAAAUAAGAUGGAUGUCCCGGAUCACUAUCCCAGUCACGAAAUUGUUGAAAGCCUUGUUCAAACAACACCACAAGUGCCUCCUAUUACUAUAUCUGCUGAGAUACCACCACAAGUGCCUCGUACUCCUGUAUUUGCCGAGAUACCAUCACAAGUGCCUGUUACUCCUAAACCUAAUUUCCUUACACCAUCACCAACCGAACUUUCCGAAGGUGGACGACCAAGGCUCAGCGCAACUUUUUUCACAAUUGGGUAGACUCCGCUGAUUGUAAAGAAAGUGACUUGGCUAUGAUGAAACCGAACUACAAGAUCAUUAUCUUAGUGCCAUCAGUCCAAUCAUGUUUCAUGCCAAGACAUCUCAGACACAUGAUAAACCAAUUAAAUUACGGUAUUGAAUACCUUGGGCUUGGAAAGGUCAUUUGGUACCAGCAAAAAGUAAAUACGCAGAUAUCAAGAGUUCCGCAGACCGUAAUAUUGGCGUACCUCUGGUACGUAAGUACGCGAAUAUCCCACCCUGUCACUUCAAAUUCAUUCAUAAGGAUAUUUCAAUUUGUUAUAUAAUUUUUAGAAAGGGAGAAACCAUGGUAAUCUUAACUACAAGAUCAUUAUCUUUUGCCUUCUUCUUCCUUCAUAGAUUGUUGUCUUGAUAGUAAAAAUAGACCCAGUAGUUCAUCAGCAGCCAAUCCCGGCGUAAUAUUUCCUUUUAUAACUUGUUCCUCAUAAUAUGCAACAUUUCCUGUCACGGCCGGAUUUUUCCUAAAUAAUUCAAGUACUUCAUAUUUGAUAUAAUUCCACAUCCACAGUGCAUGUUGUUCUUCUCGCCUCAUUGUAAGUUCUCCUGAUUCAGUCAUAGUUUUAAAAAACUCCUCUAUUUCAUUCCACGUCUCGAGAAUACCUUCUCGUUUCGUUGACGAUGCCGUGAGAAUCUACAUAAUCAUAAAAUAUGAACAAAUAAUAUAUCAUAUACACGAGAGGAAAU